AUGGUCUGUUUCGACAAAUACACGGUACAAAGCCGGACGAAGUUUUCAAUGUACGUAAUAAUCUAUCUGAGUGUCCUUCCACAUGACCAGGUCACUGUCACAAGGAGCUUCCUCGAAAAGAAGGCUAAGUCACUCUUGCCCUUCCUGGAGCUAUAUAAGAAGCGUCUAGAUUGGUUAAAUAGUGGUAGUCGAACAAUGUUCGGUGUUUUACAAGAACAGUCCGUGACCAUUUUAAUUGACGCGACGAUUGGGAAUGUUCGAAACGCAGAAGAUAUGAUCAACGCCAUUGCUUGUUUUCUCAAAGACCAAGUGAAGCGAAUUUUGGAAUUCAAUUUAAUACAUUGCGUAGAUGAACCGCGUUGGCUCCACCCUAACAUCCAACGCGUGUCUUCAGAUUCGAUACGUCAAGCUUGCCAAUGGCUUUACGGAUUGAAGUUACCCCCUCGUCGAUCAAUAUUCGCCAUUGCCGAAUGCCUACGUGAUAUCAGUUUAUCUAACCAAGACCAAGAUGCUGUAUAUCUCAUCACUGAUGGGGAAUCAGUUUCUGCCUACUAUGAGCUUCUACGUAAAGAACUAUCACGCAUGCGUUGCCCACUGCAUAUUGUUGCAUACGGGUGUACCGACAUCGACAGUUUGAAGUUGUUAUCCUCUCUGAGCAUAGCUACCGGUGGCAGGUUUCACGCAUACGCUCCGAAGGGAUGCCUGUUAGACUAUUCAGCCAGUCCUGUGGAUUCUGCAAACCCUGAGGCUAGAGUAACUGCGUCCGAAGUGGUCUACGGUGGAACUCCUGAGGGAUGGCCUCAACGAGAGGACUGUAUGAGAAUAUUUGAAGAGUUGGAGGAGGCAAGGUCAACUCUAAAUCAAAUUCAGCAGGUUAUAGAAGCCAUGGAUAAGGGGCUUCCUGUUCAUAUAGAAGUACCAUGUACGGAGGAUGAUUGUACUAGAAGCCUGCAUAGUAAUCCCCCCACAAACAAGCAGGAGGAACAAAUGUCCUCAAAACAGUGGCUCCAAAGACAUGGUCUGGGAGCACAGCGUUUGGAUCUCUUCGACGUACUUGCACAAGCCUGCUUUAGACAUUGUGAUGGCAUGGUUGAUAUACUGCGACCACCCACAGAGGAAGGAUCUGGUCAGUCUGAAAAAAAUCAGAUGAAGGUCUUUAGGCACAAGGAGCUAAUGACCGAGCGACUGACCGCACCCUUGGUGCCUAGCGCGCUUAAUGUUGUCCAACAGAUUAUUCAUCCAAAACACAUCGAUGCUUGCUACUGUGAUCAGUUUGCUCAUAUCAUCUGGAAGGAUGGUCAGAUUGUCCACGUACAGGUUACUCCUGAACAUUACCGACUCUACGCACGCAGAGUUCAGGCCAAUCUAACUGCAAUUCAAAAGCGCAUCGACUGGCUUUGUCGUGGCUCAAGAGAACUGUUCGGAACAAUAACUGAAGAUAAUGUUUGUAUCGUGAUUGAUACCAGCACAUCAAUGUCGCCUUCCAUUAAUUUCGUCAAACAGAAACUGUUGCUGCUGCUUCAGGAGCAGUUGAAAUAUAGGAAGAAAAUGAACUUCAUCGCAUACAGUGACAGAGUUAUGGCUUGGAGUGAAUACUGUUUGGACACUACUGCGGAGAACAUCAUAUGUAAAGUGCUACUGCAAGACUGGGUGGGCUCGAACCCUAACCUCAUGCUUGCGGAUGAACCGAUUGAGGUAGUAGACAAAUUUGUUUACCUGGGCAGCUGUAUCAGUCCCGGUGGUCUGGCGAACGAUGAAAUUACCAUCCGGAUUAAGAAGGCCAGAGCAGCUUUUGCGAACCUACGUCACCUGUGGCGUAGGCGUGACAUCAGCUUCUCUGUCAAGGGUCGAGUUUACAAUGCUGCGGUGCGCUCCAUAUUACUAUAUGGAUCAGAAACCUGGCCGCUGCGCACCGAGGACGUCAAAAGACUUUCAGUGUUUGACCAUCGACGUCUUCAGAGCAUUGCCCGAAUCUGGUGGGAACACCGGAUCAGUAAUUCUGAGGUACGUCGAAUGGUAUUCGAGAGAAAUAACUCACCCUCGAUAGAUGAACUGAUCACACUGCACAGGUUGCGUUGGCUUGGCCACGUGCUGCGUAUGCCAGUCGACCGACUUCCUCGAAGGGCUCUUUUCGCCCAACCAUGUGAAGGGUGGAAGAGAGCCAGAGGCGGUCGAACAAUGACUUGGCAGCGAAGUAUGAAGGCCAUUACCAGCAAACUCAGCUGCCACGAAUUUACUGACCGGAAGGUCCGUGGUUCGAACCCGACCUCUGCCUCUCGACUUUCCCUGUCUAGGCUUGACCAGCCUAACAGUAUCCCAGCCCUCGUGCUUCCUUUUGGUGGUGUGGCAGUUCAGUACCGAAAGGUAGCCCUACUGAAAGCCUGUAGUUGCAACUUGUUAAUUUAUUCCUUCAAGUCAGCAGCCAACUGGGCGAAAAAUCUCACAUGUGGCGGUUCGACCAAUACACUGGCAGCUCUGCAGUUUGCGCUCUCUGAUACACAGAUUGAAGGCAUCUAUUUACUAACUGACGGUCGUCCUGAUCAAGCCCCCAGAACCAUUCUUCUCAAAAUGCACUUACAAAGUCGUAUUCCUAUUCACGCCAUCAGUUUCAAUUGUCAAGAUCCCGAAGCAAACCAGUUUCUGCUCGAUCUAGCCAAAGAAUCUGGAGGCAGAUUCCAAUACUUUACACUAACAAAAAAAGCGCCGGAAACAGCUGAUCAGUGGGAGAGUGAAGAUAUCAGGCUUCUUCGCACAGAGUACAGACUGGGAUUGCGAAGUUUAGAGAGAAUGGCUGAGUUGCGGGAUGAGUGCAGGCGCUUGGCUAAGGAGUCAGCGUUGAUUCAGAGAAAACGCAAACGAACAUCCGAGCCCAGUCGAUUGAAGAAGUCCGAUGAAAGUGAGCUGCUACCCCGAGUCGGUCAACGUGUUUGGAAAAUUGCAAAACCAAGCAGUCCGCGAAAGAACAGUCCAAAACCGGAUACCAUGAAAUUUGACAGUCCAGGUACGAAUGUUGCUGAUGAUAGUGAAAUGGCUGGAUCUAGCAGGCAGAUAGAGAGGGGGCAGACCGAACCGGAAAAGAUCAAACCUGCACAGUGGAGGAAAAUGCCGCGACAGGAAAAUAAAGCGGGAACAAAUGUUACAUCCACGAGAAAGCUUCACUCUGACUACGAAGGUAAAGAGCACGUAACCCUGUUCCGAACGAAGGAUAUUCUUGAUAAAUUGGAGCUAAAAGAAGCCAGUCACUCAAAAGAGAACCUUCGAGGAAAACAAGGUGGUCGUCAAGUUAAGGACCCUGAGUCAAAUGAAAAGGAAAAACCAAUUGAUAUAUCCAGCUGGAUGGCACGAUAUGGUCUGCGACCACUGAAACUUCGCUUGAUCGAUCUUCUCACUCCCGUCGCCGUACCACUUCGUCCUUCAUAUAUCCCUUCUCUGAGGCACAACAUCAUUUCAAAUGUGUUACUGGAAACCUUGCCGGUCGCGUUCAUUUCACCGUCAAAGCGGUCGGAAUCGGAAUCGGUUCAGGUGUUCAACCCACUUGCAGUCGACUACAAUUCAUAUGAAAAAGCCUUGACGGCAGCGCUUGCGCGAAUUGAAAGGAAGUUAAUGGAAGUUGUUGCUCGAUAUCUGAGUGAGGAUGGUGUCAAAAGCCUUGUUGAAAGGGCGGAAAUAAAACAAGGUCUUCCUUGGCAGACUCAAAUUUGUUGGUAUCAGUACAAAGAUGUGAUAAUUCAAGCCUUUGAAGAUGAACGGUGGCCAAUAGCAAAGAAAGACUUCCACAUACUUGCAAACGAAUUGGACAAAGGUGGUCAAGACUACCUGGAAGCAAAAAAGUUGAAACGUUUUGGCCGAAUUUCAACUCAACAGUCCCCACCAGUUUUCCGACAACCAUGUGGGCACGAAAUUCCAAAAACUCUUCGAUAGUUGCUCUCCUCUAAUU